AUCUAUUACAUAAAAGCCUAAUAUUCAGCAAGCAUUAAUAUAGCAAAAAAAAUGGCGAGAAUUGAGGAAGGCGCAGCUGUGGAGCAGAUGAAGUUGAAUGCAGAGCUAAGAAUGCGCAUCGCCAUCCAACAUUUUUCAUCCGAAUAAGUCUUUAGCUUCUCAAGUCGUUGCGAAUCUUGCGUUACUUGAAUACUCUUGCUAUUUAUUUAACAAUUCAAGUAACUCUUUCACAAUUCAAACUUGCAUUUCUCAUCUUCCUCUCACAAUGAUCUUCCCAAGAUUCUUCUCCAAUUCUUCAUUCAAAUCCUUCCCUGCUUAUCACUCUUUUCUUGUAUCCCUAUUCAAUUUUCAUAACAUCACACACUUUUCAACCACACCCACAUUCGAUUCCAAGUCGCCCAUCGCUCGAUUUCACAAAAUGGUGAAAACGCGGCCACGCCCUUCUGCUAUUGAGUUCAAUAACUUAUUGACUGCUGCGGUGAAGAUGGAACAAUACUCUGUUGCCCUUCAUAUGUUCGACGAAAUGCUUCGAAGAAAUGCUGCUGCAGAUUACUGCACCUUUGAUAUUGCGAUUACUUGCUUUUGCCGUCUGCAAAGAGCUGAUUUUGGGUUUGCAGUAUUAGGCAGCAUUUUCAAGCGUGGAUACGAGCCUACUGUUUUAACAUUCAGAGAUCUCAUCCACGGGCUUUUGUUGGUUGGAAAGAGCCUAGACGCAGCAACACUACUCAAGAGGCUGUUGACUGAGGAAUGGUGCAAACCUGAUGCAAAUACUUGUCUUAAGAUGAUCACUAUGUUUUCCACUCCUGAUAUGCUCAGCUUAUUGGAAAAAGGAAGGCGCAAACCACAUGUUUAUCCAUACAACCCAGUGAUUCAUUGUUUGUGCAACGAUGGAAUGGUUGACGAGGCUCUCCAACUCAUCUCCGUCAUGAAUGCGGAGAAUAUAUUCGAGAUGAUGAGGAAAGGAGAAAUGGUUGAAGCCCAAGGCCUAGGCAUUCUCAAAUUGGUGGUGAAAUCGGACAUCAAGCCUGAUAUUACAAGUUACAACAUCUUGAUGGAUGGGUAUCUCAAAAUGGGGCGGGUGAAUGAAGCUUCACGUAUUUUUAACGAAAUUCCCACCAAAGGUUUAGAGCGCGAUGUUGUUUCUUAUAGAAUAAUGCUACAGGCCUUAUUCCAUGAAGGCAGAUGUGAAGAUGGAUUGAGCUUGUUCAAAGAGAUGGAAGCUCUACAAUUUCCUCAUGAUUUACAAAGUUACACCAUCUUAUUGGAUGGCCUGUGCAAAGCUCGUGGUAUUGCUGAAGCAUUUCCCGUGUUUCGUAGAAUGGAAGUUAAAGGUAUCAUUCCUAAUAUAUUCACAUAUAAUGUUAUCAUUCGGGGUUUGUGCAGUGCUCAUCGUUUUUCUGAAGCAUUUUCCAUGUUGCAUACCAUGGAGGUCAAAGGCAUCAUCCCCAAUGUUGUUACAUACAACUCUCUCAUUGAUGGAUUGUGCAAGGCUGAUCAUAUUGAUCAAGCGUUUUCCAUGUUGCAUACCAUGGAAGUUAAAGGCACCAUCCCCAAUGUUGUAACAUAUAACUCUUUCAUUGAGGGAUUGUGCAAGACUGGUCAUAUUGCUCAAGCAUUUUCCAUGUUGCAUACCAUGGAAGACAAAGGCACCAUCCCCGAUGUUGUUACAUAUACUUCUUUCAUUGAGGGAUUGUGCAAGGCUGGUUGUAUUGCUCAAGCAUUUUCCUUGUUGCACACCAUGGAAGUCAAAGGCAUCAUCCCCGAUGUUGUAACAUAUACUGCUCUCAUUAAGGGAUUGUGUAGUGCUCACCGUAUUGGUGAUGCGAUUUCCAUGUUGCGUAUCAUGGAAGACAAAGGCAUCAUUCCCAACAUAAUAACAUAUAAUGUUCUUAUUAAGGGAUUGUGUGCUGAUAAUAGGGUUGAUAUGGCAAAGCAUCUGUUCAACAUGCUUCCAUCCAAAGGCAUCCAGCCCGACGUUGUAACAUAUAACACUUUCAUUGCUGCACUUUGCAAGGAACAGAAGAUAGAGGAGGCUAAGAAAUUGCUGAUGCAAAUGACGAACAACGGUUGUCCGCCUGAUGGUGUUACGUACAAUGUUAUUCUUCAUGCUCUUCUCAAAAGGAACAAGAAGCACGAUGCGAUUCCUCUCUUGGAAGAGAUGAACUCAAGGGGGUUCGCACUUGAUGCCGCCACUUCUUCGAUGAUGGAAGGUCUGAGGUAGUGUUCUCUUUUAUAAGAAAUAAUCAUUAUGGUAAAGGUUUGAUUUAAAUCUACAAUCUACACUCUGUGUGUUUGAUUUUGAUGAUUCUUUACUGACAAAGAAAAUGCUUCUUUUUGUAAUUAUGGCGUCUUCUUUGACAUGAUUAUGAUACUGAGUCUGGGGCUUUGGUGGUUAUAUUGUAAUUAGCAGUUAGUUUUAUAUUUAGAAGUUUUUAUGGAUUUAUGCUUGUGGAAGAUAAUAUGGGAUCAUGUAUAAAACUAAAUUAGUAAAGGUUUGAUUUAAAUCUACA